AUGCCAAUAUCCUUAAAUAGUAUUAAUCAAGAAGAUCUCAAUGAAUUAGAAAAAGGAGAAACAAUUUUAUAUAAAGGAAGUCAAAUAGAAUUUAUUUAUAAUAAAUUAAAUUUGGGUGAAGGAAAAUUAUAUAUAUUAGAAAAAAGAUUAAUUUGGAUAAAUGAAAAUGAAUCAAAAAAAAAAAAAGUAACAAAUUUUAAAGAAUUGGCAACUAAUAAUAUAUAUAUGAAUCAUUAUGAAAAAAAUAAGGAAUUUUAUUUACAUCUUUUAAAUGAUGUUAACAAUAUUACAAUAGAUUCAUCAAACAUCGCUUUACAUGCAAUAUCUUCGGAUAAAAAAAUAUGUGACAGAUCGUGUGUAUAUAUACAGUUAAACACAGAUAUGUCUGAUUAUUUCGAAAGUGAAAAAGUUAAAGAUGAUGAAGAUAUCGAAAAUACUGUAAGAGUUAAUAACAUAAAUGAUAAUGAAGAAAAUGAUUCAGAUGAAGAUAUACCUUAUGAUGAGAUAAUAACACCUGAAAUACUAAUAAUAUGUAAAAAUGAAACAGAAAAUGAUGCUAUUUUCCGUCAUUUAAGUAAUAUGGACAAUUGCUUAAAUGAUGAUAAUGAUAUUGAUGAUGACGAUGAAUAUAAUUAUGAAGAUAAUUAUUCAUUAAAUGAGGAUGAAGAAAAUAAAGGAGAUGAAAAAGAACAAUAA